AUGAAUUUUGGUGCUGGAGUGAUUGAUGAAACCGAAGAAGUAAUUCGUGAGUACAUUAACAACAACAUGUUCAUCAGUAACAAUUUACGUCAACAAAACUACCAACCGAUCCAUGGUGGCUCGAUUCCCGGUCAUGCAGUGAUCAACCGUGAUCGAGAAACUACGCAUCAGAAUUUGGUCAUAGAUUACUUUGCCGAUAAUCCACGUUUUGGUGAAGAUAUGUUUCGUCGUCGAUAUCGGAUGUCACGAAGUUUGUUCCUUCGUAUUGUUGAUGCAAUGAAAGAUCAUGACUAUUACUUCCAACAACGAAGUGAUGGACUAGGUAGAAUGGGAUUAUCACCGUUACAGAAAGUAACAGCUAUUUUUCGCAUGUUGGUAUACGGUCUACCAGCUGAUGCUAUGAACGAAUACGUUAAAAUAGGAGAGUCAAUAGCAAUUGAAAGUAUGUCAAAUUUUUGUCGUGCUAUAGUGGAGAUAUUCGCAGAGCAGUAUCUACGAACACCUAACGCUAAUGAUAUUGCUAGGCUACUCUAUAUUGGUAAAAAACAUGGUUUUCCAGGAAUGUUAGGAAGUCUUGAUUACACCAAUAAUGAUAUCAAUGUGCUGGAGCCAUCUAAUAUUUUCUCUAAAUCAGCUCAAGCUAUUGCUCCUCCCGCUCACUAUGUUAUUCAAGGAAAAGAACAAAUCAAGGAUAAAGAUGCUCAUAUUGCGCUUCGUAAUGCAUUGAUAGAUCACCUAUGGGAGGAAUACACUAAUUCAGAUAGUUAA